AUGAGUCACCUACUCAAUUUGCCAGUGCUGCUCCUCAAGGAGGGUACUGAUACUUCUCAAGGACGCGCACAAAUCAUCAGCAACAUCAACGCCUGCCAGGUCGUCGUUGACUGCAUAAAAACCACGCUAGGACCUCGUGGCAUGGACAAGCUCAUCCACACUGGAAACGACGUCACCAUCACUAAUGACGGUGCAACUGUCUUAAAGCUUCUUGACGUCGCGCACCCCGCUGCUGCUGUGCUCGUGGACAUUGCCAAGUCGCAGGAUGAUGAAGUCGGUGACGGUACGACUUCGGUCGCAAUUCUGGCCGGCGAACUGCUCACGGAGGCGAAGCAGUUCAUUAUAGACGGGAUCAGCCCGCAGGUCAUCAUCAAGUACUUCCGCGUAGCCUGUGAACGUGCGCUGGAUCACAUCGAAAGAAUUGCAGUCAACAUCUGCGGCAAGGAUGAGAAGGAAAAGCGGUCGUUGCUCGUGAAGUGCGCAGAGACGUCGCUGAACUCCAAGCUUCUCUCCGGGCACAAGACGUUCUUCGCAGAAAUUGUGGUCGACUCAGUUAUGCUACUGGACAGCGACCUUGACCAGGACAUGAUCGGAAUUAAGAAGGUCACCGGAGGAAGCUGCAGGGACACCAUGCUCGUCAAGGGCGUGGCCUUCAAGAAGACCUUCACCUACGCCGGCGCCGAGCAGCAGCCGAAAAAGUUUAUCAACCCCAAAAUAUUGCUCAUCAGCAUUGAGCUGGAACUCAAGGCAGAGAAGGAAAAUGCCGAGAUUCUCAUCAAGGACCCAACGCAGUUCCAGAGCAUCAUCGACGCCGAGUGGACCAUUCUGCACGACAAGCUCAACAAAAUGGCCGACAUGGGAGCCAACAUCGUACUUUCCAAGCUCCCCAUUGGCGACAUUGCCACGCAAUUCUUCGCUGAUCGCAACAUUUUCGCAGCGGGGCGCGUAGAACAGGCUGAUCUGAUCAGAACCAGCAAAGCCACCGGCGCGUCCAUCCAGAACACCGUGAAUGGCAUAACCACCGAUGUGCUGGGCACUUGCGGGUGCUUUGAGGAGAGGCAGAUCGGAAAUGAACGCUUCAACAUUUUUGAGGACUGCCCGAAGACUACCACUUCCACCAUCAUACUCAGGGGAGGUGCGCAGCAGUUCAUCGAGGAGAGCGAACGCUCGCUAAACGACGCGAUUUGCAUUGUCAGAAGGGCAACUAAGACCCAUAGCAUUCUUGGAGGAGGCGGCGCUGUCGAAAUGGAACUGUCAAAGGCGCUGCGUGACUACUCGCUCACGGUGGUCGGCAAGCAACAGCUCGUCAUCAACGCGUUUGCCCGUGCCCUGGAGAUUAUCCCCAAAACCCUGUCACAAAAUGCAGGCUUCAACGCAAUCGACGUCAUAUCCAAGCUCAGACGCGACCACGCUGUGAACAGGGAGGGUGUCAACUGGUUCGGCGUCAACUGCCUCAACGGCGACAUCGUUGAUUCGUUCAAAGAAUGCAUCUGGGAGCCCGCCAUGGUGAAGAAGAACGCCAUAUACGCAGCCACUGAGGCUGCUUGCCAGGUGCUAUCGAUCGACGAAACCGUCAAGCAUCCCAGUCAGACGCCGCCGACAGAUUAA